AUGUCUACCUCUACAAAGCGACCAAAGGUCUUUGCAUUUGUCAAGUUUGAUCUCGAUGCUCUUAUUUCUCUCGCAAUAAGACUUCGAGGUCAAUCAUGCACUGUGGAUACGUCGACGAGGCCUGAAGCUGGUAGUAUGCACUGGGCCAUUUUCGUCGUUUUCGAGGAUGGUGUUGAAUGGAUAUUCCGAUCGCCAUGGCGAGGAUUGAGCGCCAUUAUCAAGGAAGAAUCCGCGUCCAAGUUACUCAUCAGCGAAGCCGUGACUUUAAAGUAUCUGAGAACUUUGGCCUCGAUGCCGGUCCCGGAAGUCUUCUCGUUCAGUGGAGACAGUGACAAUGACAUCGGAGUGCCGUAUAUCCUCAUGAGCAAGGCUAGUGGUCGCCCAUUGUCAGAUUAUGACUGGAUUGAGUUGUCUCAAAUAGAAGGGUAUCCAAACAGACGCCCGCUUCUACCCAUGCCGGAUCUAGAUAGGGAAAAGGUAAUGGCGCAGUUAGGAACCAUUAUGUCCCGUCUCUCGGACACCCAUUUCGACAAGAUUGGCUCGCUAUUCCAAGACAACAAUGGCAACUGCUUCGUUAGCGAAUGCCUAAGCCCCUCUCUUCUUUGGCAACACAGAGAUGAGCUAGAAGGCAUCGACCGAGGCCCUUUUGAUCAGGAAAGCCAGUAUCUUAGGUCCCUGAUAUCUGCUUUUACAGCUCAUGCUGAAGAGUUCUCGCUCAGCCCUCAUAGUUUCUUCGCUCCAAUACCUGAUCCUUUCGAAUAUCCGAAAUGGGCAAGCUAUCGAAAGGCAGUAGAGAGAUGGCAAGCUUUUUGCUCUGUUGGUGACGGGGUUGAGGGCAACAAGAACAGACUCGACUUCUGUAUUGCAGCUCAAUUCUUAACCGAAAUGGUUCCUCACCUGGUCUCAGAAGAAGAAACAUUUGUGCUCUGCCACCCAGACCUUCACCGUGGGAAUAUCUUCGUCGAUGGAGACUUCAACAUAACGUGUAUCAUCGACUGGAGUUCUGCAUCGGCGAGCCCUACAGCAGAGUUGCUCUCCACUCCGGGACUCAAUGGGUCACUUUCACCGCCUAAACCGUCACUCAUUGCAGCUUUCAGAUCGGGAUUUCGUAAUGGGAUCCAAGCCUUGGGGCCUCAGAAAUGGGAGAGAGCUGACAAGCUGUGGUACUUUUUGCGACUGGUUCGGAUGCUCUCUACACAAGACUAUGCUCUCUUCAAGUCGCUGUUUGAUCUUGUGUACAAUAAGAAUUCGGAUGAGAUUCCUCAACUCUUUCAUGACAGGAGUAUGCAAGAGUCUGGCCAAGCUCUAUUGGCUACGUUGUGCCAAGGUGACUCUGAAGAGGAAGAAGACGAACCAACACAGCAAGAAGAUGAUAACGGUCGAACGAAUGUUUCUAUCGACGUCGUGAUUGUAAGAAAGCUUACACUGAUGUCGGAAAUGAACACCAAUUUUGUUGCAGAUAAGAGACUCUGGCUAUGGAUCGAGAACGUCUUAGAAACACUGGAUGUAUAA